GCUGGAAAUCAUCCGCACAGCAGCUUUUUGUUGAGAAUGUGUGAUAAGGCAGAAGUUGUGGAAAACUUUUAUGGAGUUUACAUACUGUAUUGUAUCAACCCGAAGUUUCGGGGUAGAACUUAUAUUGGCUUUACUACAGACCCGAACCGUCGUAUCAAGCAGCACAACAAGGGACAGAAAGCCGGGGGAGCUUUUAGGACAAGUAAUAAAGGCCCGUG